UCAGGUAAGGAAACAUGCCCCUCCUCAAUGGCGCGACAUAUAUCAUACCGCACCACAGUCAUAAGACAUGCAUACUUUCCUAUCUCACCGGAAGUGGGCGUAGAACCGUUGAGAGCCUACGCCAUGUCGGAUCUGCGGCGGCUUCCAUGAAAACGCCUGUCCACUGAACUGCUCUCGGACCGAUCUAUUCGGCGCGGGUUCAGCGUUGUUGGGGUCGAUGUCGCUCAAUUGUUUACGGGCACACAUCUUCCUCUUGCGUAUGCUGUCUCUACCGCUCUUGGGCAUAUUUGCAUCUUGUGAAUCUCUUUUCCCCUGUGGCUUCUCAUUUUCAAUGUCGCUACUGCCUUCAAGAAGUCUGUCUCUCCUCCGUUUGCGAUCGCAACCGGAGUCACAACUUGCUAUAUAUCGCUCGCAAACUUACACCCAUGUCUGUGGCGUUGGAGUCUGUGAUAUCGUCACGGUGUACGUAUAUGGACUGCGGGGAUCCGUUGAGAACCUCAUUGCUCGGUCAGUGAUCCGUGCUAGCGUCAGUACCCACUCUCUUGAUGAGCCCGAUGUCUUGUAGUUACUCAUGAUCUACGGCGUCUCAAACCCUGUGGCUGAGCCACGAUUUACUCAGCUGUUCGUCCUCGCUGUGCGUAUACCAUGUCAUCGAAGUUGAAAGGUGUUGACGAAUAUACGCUGGUAGA